UCGCUUGUCACAUGAAAAGCUCGCUAACGCCAUCGUCAGCAGCAACGGACUUUAAAGAUGGCGGACGGAGGGGGCGACAAGCAAUUAACCUACACCCAAGACAAUGUGUCCGUACGCAUGCUUAGUUCACGUGGCGAGGAGACGAUAUCCGGGAAGCUGGAAAUCACAAAGGAGAAGCACGGACAUGUCGUGACAUGGCUGGCAUACCCGCCGCCUUCGGCGGCCAAGGAGCAGCCGCAGCGCUACGACGAGGACUCCGCCGGUGUUUGGGAGGACCUGACAGCUGACAGCACUGUUGCGUACCAUGUGGGGGGCAAAGACAAUUGCCAGUCACGCGACUCUGUGAAGAUCAAGAAGGAGAACGGGACCUCCGCAGGUGACUCGCCCUCGCCUGGGCCGCACACCACCGUGUCGUUCGAGGUGACCGACCUCACCUCGUACCGGUGCCGCCAGGUCGCCGACACGCACGAGCUCACGCUGAACCUGAGCGACGGCACGCGCCUCCCCACCUUCAUUUUCAUCGAGCGUCGUUACGAGCACUUCAUCCGUGCCCUGCACGAACACAUCUCCUUCAAAAGGAGCGACCCGGCAGACCCGUACUCCCUCGUCCACGCGACUCCACGCCAGGACAUGAGUCCAGCCACAGAGCAAGCGGUCGAAAAUGCUGCAAGCCAUUCCGCGAGCCAACCUACGAACAAUUCUGCGAGCCAUUCCAGCAGUACUGCCGACGACAGCACCCCUGCCGCAAGGCCUAUUUUGGCGAAGCCUCCGCAUGCCAUUCAGCUUUUCGUAUCGCGGGCCCCCAACGUCAUUGUUCAAAGCCAGCCGGAUGGCCAGACACGGCUAGUGCCUCAGCAAGCCAUGCGGCUUCUCCUGAGCCAGGGAAGCCAUCCCCCGAUCAACGGCCAGCAGUCGCAAGUCCCGCCACACCCCGUACGAUUCGUGGUGCAGCAGACGCCACCACCUCCGCCGUCCCCUCAGCCGCCUCCGGCGGUGCCCUCGUUCCCCAGUGGCUUGGUCAUAACUGACGUGCGGAGCCAAGCCCCCGGUCAAUCCGGAAGCCCGCAUCCCAGGCCCAUCCAUGCUGUCCGCAGGAGGGGCCCGCACUGGCCUACGGAGGAGAAGAUGGAACUGCUGUCCUUGCUGAAGAAGCGCAGGAUGCUGAUCAACCCUCGGCUGGCAGAAGGCAUGAGCAAGAAGGACAAGCUCGAUGGGUGGAAGGAGGUGACGGACAUUCUGAACAGCCACCACCCGGGCGGCCGCUGUGUCGCCGAAGUGAAGAAGCAGUGGCAAAACCUGUUCCUCAAGGCCAAGAGGGAGCGGCGGGAACUUUUGAGCGAUGGCUCAAAGAACGAUGCAGAGUUGACGUCGGAACAGUUCACCGGACUGUCCCUGAAGGUAUUCGAGACCUUUGGGGAGCGAUACCACUGGCGGGAUGAUGACACACCGAUGGAUGCCGAUGCGGGUGACUCCAUCUUGGGCCCUUCGUCCUGCCUCGAGCAAGACGCUCUGUAUCUGUCCGAGUCGCAUCACCCCGAAGUCAUAUUGCUCCCCAGGUCCCCAGAUCCUUCGGAGCCGGCUGGCCAACUCACCGACGACUCCGACCACAAAUUCGGUGCCACAAUGAGCAAUGGCGACAGCAGCCAACUGUGCGACCAAAGCCUGAGCGGUGAACCUCCCAUUGCUUCGGAGUGCUUGAGGAACAUGAAUCGGGCUCCGAUGCAAUUCAAGAGGGAACCCGAAGACCCGCCAGAACCGAAACAGGAAUGCUGGCCUGAAAACACCGCCAGCGGUAGCGAGGAUGACCGUGCGACGAUGUGGGAUGCUCGCCACAUGCGGACGGACUACACGGGAGGCCAGACGAAUAAUGGGAUCACCUUCUUGGGCUCUAUCGCAAAGAUGUGCGACACCGUUCAGAAGGCAGCAAGCGAGGUUGUGUCCUUGAAGCGGCGCGAGCACAAGAUGAAGAUGUCGGUGCUGAGGGCAAAGAUGGAGUAUUAUGAGACAAAGAGGAGGAAGCUGCAGCAGUCUGAGGGAGGUGGUGGUGCAGCAUGACUAGGUUUUACUGCAUAGAAGAGUUGGUAUGCGUGAGGUAGUAGCAGGACUGGAGCCUUGUAGUGACGGGAAGGCUGUGGAAACUGCAUUUGGCUUCGAUUUAUCCUAGUUACUGAGCCUGUAAAUGAAUUGAUUCACAGAAAUACAACCUUGGAAAGUGUCCCAAGAUAAUUUGCAGCGAAAUAGCUGUUCUGAUAAAACCGCCGACUCGUUCGCACUCAAAUGUCACGCAGACAUGGAAUUUUGCAGCACACUUUGCUGGAAACCAUGAUUGGCUGCAGCCUUUUUGCUGUCUCGUUUAGAACAAGCCACGACUGCUCACCAUCUGUGGCGAUAUGAAACCAAAAACAGAAUAAUUUCCCCACUGAAAGGAACAGUGGUACUGUCUGACUGCUGUGACAAAACAUAAGGCACAGCGUGUUGCUGCAACACUCGGAGGUGGCAGCCCUGUUCUGCAGCCGAGAAAGCGAAAUGUUUAGCACCCGGCACCACCUCACAGAUCAGUACUUUGCAUGCGUUCUGCAUGAAGCAGGGAAGUGCUGUAGCCAUGUAAUGUUGGCAAAUGAAAUGCGCUGUGAAACUCCAUCUCUGUGCGAAAUUUUAAGACAAAUGAGCCAGUGGAUCAUCCAAAAGAGCCAUUUGUAAUGGACUCCUCAUUUUAUGCAACAUAUUGUUUGGUGUCAAAUUUGCGUCAGUUUUAAAUUUGAAAUGGUUGUUUCAGUGUGGUCUCCUGUGCAGAGCUGCAGUGCGGCUUUUAAUCAAUAUGGGAAUGUCAUUUGGCAGGUAGCUGUGUGACUGGCAUUGUUGAUACAACAAUUUUGUGAGGCAGCAUUGUAGGCACUAAGCUGAAGUAAUUCUGGUUAGCUGCCAUUGACUAAUAUUAUAAACGAACUGCUUCCUUUUUCUCUGCUCAAUUUAUAUCUACUAGAUGACCAUGGCUAAGCUAUUGGCCAAUAUUUGAACAGCAGCCAUUGUGGUGCCGUUUCAUUUUAAAUGUUUAUCAAAGCAGGCAUUUAUCAGAGCAGGUGAAGGACUGGACCUACAUAGUUUUACACUGUGAAUCCUUUUCGCUUCCUUAGAAAAUUAUUUUGACAACGUUCCUAGUGUCAUCACAACCUGCACAUAGUGUUAGUUUGGUAAUACCGAUGAUCUAUGGUAAAUUUAUCAAAAUAUAACUGCUUGAGAGAGCUUCACGUAUUGUUUUUCUGGAUUUUUUAGGCUUGUAGUGUAGCCGAGAACGAGCAAAAAAGGAAGGCUACAAGCCUAAAAAAGUCAUGACAUACCAACUCGCCCAGAUUGCUAUGCUUUUUCUGGCUGUUUACUUCCCAUCACUAAUGGAUUUACUGAUGAGUAAAAAAUAAAUGAAUUUUUAAUUAUGUGUUGAUUUUUAGGGAUAAAGAAGAAACUGCUGAAUCACUGCUAAAGUUAAACACUAUUCUUUUGUUUCCUUCAAGUGUGUGAAAAGUGAAUUGCUAAGAGAACUUGAGACUAAAUUUUUCUUGAAAAGCAAGUUUGUUGGGUCUUACAGCCCUUCAGUGCACAAACUAGUUGUGUGCAGUGGGACCAAAGCCUUCUCCUCACUGCUGGUCCAGUAAGAUCAUCCCGAUGUUUUGCAUUUUUUUCCCAUGAAUUCCUUUGUGUGUAGGCUGCGUACCCGCUUCCCUCUCCCGAGGACAACUUGUUUGUGUAUUUCUUUUGCAUUGGCAUUGCGAGUGUUUGUUUACAAAAGUGUGUGCCUCCAAUCUUGGAUCUGUUUGUGUAGGUGCGUCACGUGUUAUUGCACAUUCACGUUGGCGAGGGCAAAAGACCGUGUGACCGUUUCGAUCGGUUUCUUCAAUCAGGAAGGUGACUUGUUUAGGGUUACUUCCUGACUUUCCAGCGCCAUAACUUGAAGUCGUGAAGUUGGUGACACACACAGCAGUGCAUUGAGGUGGUGCCUCAGAAUAACAUGCUCUGUGAUGCUUACCUUACAUGUAUCAUAGUCUGAAUGGAGCCAGUUUUUACACAGAAGAAUCUACUAAAGUGGUGUCAGGGUUCAAACUAGUUUGUCAUUCAUGUCAAAUGGUACACGGCGAUGCGGGACCGAAUGGACAUGUGCACAAGCUGACAGAACAUGCGCCAACUGUUAUAUCGAGUCUACUCUUGAAAAAAAGAUUUGCUUCCAAGAUUGCUCACAGUUUGUUUUAUUUUAUAGAAGCUGCGUUUAUGUGCCAAGAAAGACAUACUUUUAAGAUCGCUAAUGAUUUGUUUUAUUUUAUAAUUGUCUGACAGUGGGCUUAGAAGUGAUUUUCCCAGAAACUGCAAUUAGUAUAGUUGGCAUGUCUCCCAUCAGGUUGUGUUCUUGUCAUCUUUUUCUGUCUCGAUCUGUCCGAUAAAUCUCCAGACGGUUGUUUUUUUGUAUUUCUUUUCUGCAAAGCCAUAUUCUUUGUUGGAGUUCAUGAUAGGGCUGACUCUCUGUAGCAUACACAAGGACAGGCAUGCAGUGCCACCAUCAAAGCUCUACGGGAAUCCAAGAAAGACAAAAGUGAAGUGAAAGAUAAGUGGUUUGCAGCAGAUGCAAAUUUGUUAGGGUAGCUGGCUAGCAUUAUGUUUUCCCUAGGGAGGUGACUAAGACACAUGUAAAGAGAUUUUAUGCUUGUGGGUUUCGAUUGCACCAUGGGAAUACAGAGCUAAUUUUGUGUGAAAUUAUGCGCUGCAUUCUGGUUGUCAUUUUUACGGAGGCUGCACUGUCUGAUUGGCUGAAGAAGCAGUGGAUGAGUCGGUUCGGUCAUGACAAAACAUGUUAAUGCGCUGGCCUUCAACAGCAAGCACAAGCGAAUUUGUGGCUUGCGAGAUUGGGCAACAAGUUUUUCUCUUGCGAUGUGUCAGAAAGUAGAUUAACUAAUGUGCAUAGACGCUAAACUCGUAAAAACGAUUCUAUAAUUGUUUUUAAUCUGUUCAGGCACGAGUCCGUAUAUGUGCAUUCUGUUAGAUCUUUUACUGGGUAUAAAACAUUGCAAAGGCAUUACUACAAGUUGUACAUUUCUUUGUCAGCAAAAGGAAGAUCACAUAAAACAGGCAACAAUCAACAGGCAAGUGCAUUAAGAGAACGUGCUGUUGGUCUGCUUGAAGAAAAAAAAAAAAAGAAAACAAGGACGAAAAGAAGACAGGUACAACAGAUGGGUGCUGACUUCUAAUUAAACUUUCAUCUGAAGAAACAAGGUUCAUAUACAUAAAAUAUGAAUUGCACCACCGUGACGUUAUGAACUCUCUAUCGCGUUGGAAAGGCAAUCUCUUUGUCGGCAGGCGUCACUGACGGGCAGCUAAUGCACAUGUCCUGGGGCCUCGCGAUGUGAAAGGCUUCCAGUAUCUCCAUUUCUAGUCUAUCUUCGGAAUGUGCCAGAAACUUGGUGUGAUUAAAGUUUAAACAGCAUUCACAAUGCUUACAAUGUUCAGUCAAAUGCCCACCCUCGUUGUUAUUUACAGCCCGGUUGUGCUCUCACGCCCUUUCAUUGUAGACACGCCCCAUUUGCCCAAUUGUAUGCCCGGUUGCAGCUUAGGGGGAUUUCAUAGACGACACUUCUUGUGCUUUGCAUGUGCUACACCGCAAGUUCCUUAGAGCAGGGGCCGCCAGGUUCUGCUUUGGUCACCAUAGGGCUAAACUUAGCCAAUUUACAUGGCACACUGAAGACAAUACUAACAUUGGGCCUUUGCGCAACCUCUUUGAGGUUGUGGGACACCCUGUGCCAGUAUGAGACCAGGUUGGCUCAACCUUGUUCUGGUUAUUAAAACUGAUUUCUACUUGGUGAAUGCAAUAUUUAUUUAGUGCUUCAUUUAGACAUGCCAUAGCGACUCUUCUUUUUAAUUUGAAGUGGGCAAACUCAUAUGAAAUCAGCUGCUAGCUCAACCCUAGCGAGUACUCUCAGCACUUAUGCGUGUUUAACAACAUGUAGAACGACAAAGUAGAAAGCAGCUAGGCCGUAAAAAACAAUGCCUGGCGGCCAUAUGGCUGAAAUUGCCAUUCUGUUGCGAUGGGGAGUUCCUGAUGUCACAGUGGUGCAGCUCCUUUUUGAUGUAUAUAAACCUUGUUUCUUCAGUAAAAGUUUAAUUGGAAGUUAGCAACCGAAGAAAUAAAACGAAGGACACCGACCAACAUAGAAGUGCUAAAAAAUGAAAAAUCUAAAAGACGUUUCGGCUUCGCUACGGAAGCCUUGUUCACAAUGGGAUGACGGAAGGUUCAUGGAAGCUUAUGUAUGCUUUAGAACGUGACGUAAGCAGCGCGUGUAUGACGGGGGGAGGGUUCCCUCAUUUCGAUUAAGCGUGUGACGUGUUUUUUUUUGUAUCUCCAGUGAUUCCAGAUACAGACGCGAUUUUUGGUUUCGUUCUUGGCCGAUAAUUCUCGAGCGAUCCCAGUCGAUAUUGUGGCCCGUUGCAUCCGUGUGCUCGGCAAGGGCAUUCGACACUGUACGCUUCUUUUCGACAUCUUUCUGAUGCUGCCUCAGUCUCUGUUUGAAGUUGCCCGAUUCACCGAUGUAUGCGUAGUCGCAAUCUGCGCAGGGUAUCUUAUAGACCACGCCGGGAAACGAUUCUCUCGGAAGCCUGUCCUUACCGCCGACGAGCGCUUGCCUCAGCUUACAUACGGGCACGUGCGCCACCUCAACGUCAUAACUGCGUAGAACGCGAGACAAGGUUUCGCUUAUCCCUGGAAGGUAAGGUAUGGCGGCACGCUUUCUUGGUCGGGGAUUGGUCGGACGAGCUGGAUUGGACAGACGGCGCUCCACAGCAGUCAAAAAGGAUGUGGGGUAGCCGCUUGCCGAGAGAUCACCUCGCACGACAGGCUUCCGAGAGAAUCGUUUCCCGGCGUGGUCUAUAAGAUACCCUGCGCAGAUUGCGACUACGCAUACAUCGGUGAAUCGGGCAACUUCAAACAGAGACUGAGGCAGCAUCAGAAAGAUGUCGAAAAGAAGCGUACAGUGUCGAAUGCCCUUGCCGAGCACACGGAUGCAACGGGCCACAAUAUCGACUGGGAUCGCUCGAGAAUUAUCGGCCAAGAACGAAACCAAAAAUCGCGUCUGUAUCUGGAAUCACUGGAGAUACAAAAAAAAACACGUCACACGCUUAAUCGAAAUGAGGGAACCCUCCCCCCGUCAUACACGCGCUGCUUACGUCACGUUCUAAAGCAUACAUAAGCUUCCAUGAACCUUCCGUCAUCCCAUUGAGAACAAGGCUUCCGUAGCGAAGCCGAAACGUCUUUUAGAUUUUUCAUUUUUUAGCACUUCUAUGUUGGUCGGUGUCCUUCGUUUUAUUUCUUCAAUGCUUCAUCCCGACCAGACGGGCUUCCGUCGAACCCUCGAUUUCAUUUUCGAAGUUAGCAACCGUCCAUUGUACCUGUCUUCUUUUCAUGCUCAUCUCUCUUGCGCUGUUUUUUUUUUUUUUUUUUUUCAAGUAUGUUACACCAACUUGCCCACAUCAAGCUCCUGCUGGCCUGCUUGCACUUUCUGUUGUGUGUCGUGCUAAAUUAUUCCCCUCUCUUUUGCUAUCGGCCGCCAUAUUCCUUGUGCAGAAAGGUGGAUGAAAUGGGUUCACAUGUGAAUUAAGCCUGCCACUUUCGCUGCAUCAGCCAACCAGGUGACAUUCUGCGGGCAUUGCAGGGACGAGGAUCAGGGCACGGUCCCCAGUGUAAAUUUGCUAAAGACACUAAUCUCACGAACUUCAGUUGAGAAGAAGACUUCAGGACGGCGACAUGCAGAUCGUGGUUGCUGGUGCAGGGUCAGCGUGAACAUUGAUGGUCGCUAGUUUCACUCGGUUCCAAGACCUCCCAUCAUUUGCUGGUGGGAAUAAACCUUUCUAAUCACUAGCGUGCGGUGCGAAAUUCUGAAACUAGUACGGACGAGUGCAAACAGUGCCAAUAUGUGAACUUGUCGUUUCUCUUAGCUUAAGGCUGUUUUUUCUUGAACUUACUGCAUAUCAUUGUUUGUCAUAGUCAUCAUCAUAGAAGCACCUUGUGGCAACUACUUCAUGAAGGAUAGAUUACCAUUUCUUUGCACUAAAUGGGGGCACAGAUCCUUGAGUCGUCAUUGGUUGGUCACAGAUCUUUUCGAGUCACAGGCUCCAUGGUGAUCGAAUGUUGUGAGUGUUUUAUUGCUUCAUUAUUUCUUUCUGUGUGGAAGAAUGGUUGAUAGGGGUAGUACUGUGUGUUUCAGUCCUUAAAUACGUUCACUAGUUAAGAAGAGUUAGUAAUUUUAAAACACUGUUUAGGGGGCUCAUCAGCUAACUUUUUCGCUGCAGCACUUAUUACGAGGCACCGUUCACGAGUGAGCUUUGCUACAUUUUUCUAGUGCGUGGAAAUCGGGACGAGUAUUACACAGCGAGGUGCUCGCCCAGUGAAUCGGUCUUUUUCGUUUACUACUGCACCUGUGGCUGUUUACACACCUGCUUUUGGUACUGCUUUUUUUUUACUGUCAAAAUGCUGCUCCUUGAUUACAAUUUGCUGCUGAGUAUCUUUUAUUAGCUGACUCUAAAAGCUGUGUGUGUUUGUUUCCUACUGUGUUGCAAUGCUGGUAACUAUGUCCCCUGAUAAGGAGCAUUCAUCAUAUAGAAGCCAUUGUUGUUAUAAUAUGGCCUUCUAUUUUCUUUGUAGUGUGCAGAUGACAAUUUGUGUAUGUCUGGCUAAGCUUUCGUGCUCCCAAGUCUCUAAUGUCGAAAGUAGGCAGUCGCUUAUGAAAUGUUAUAUACAGUGGAGCGAGUUAAAACUGUCCCCUUAGGCCUUUUGAUGCUGGACGUACUGAGUUUUAUACUUCUAGCACUUAUUUACUGAUUAUGUUUUUGUAUUCUAUGUGCUUCCUUUGUCCGCUGUGUCUAGCCCGUGUGGCCAUAAGUUUUAGCUUACCAUGAUCGUUAUUGUUUAUCCGCAUUUUAGUGUAGCCAUCUAUGUAAGUCCCUUUUUUUUUACACAUUGAAAUUGAGGAAAGUGUUCCUAUCAUACGUCUGCACACUACCAUAGUUCAGGCCUUGGGUCUUACCGAUGUGGCACGAGCGCUGAUCUCCAUUUCGAGAUCUUGUUUCCAAGCUCUCAUAUUGAGGAUCAAAGACAUGUUAAAAAGUGAGGCUACAAGUCUUCAAGAGUUGUUCAAAGCGGUUGCCGUAGAUGUGCAGGCACUUUAGAGGCUUUUCAGCCAAAACACUAUGCAAAGUUAAUGUAAUGUUUACUGCCCAUGCUUGUUUCCGUCUUGAUGUUACUCAUCAAGUUUGUAUGUUCGUUUCUGAGCACUAUAUUUUUCGGUCUGUCAGCUUCCUGAAUGCAUUGCACGUUUUAAAAUUUUGCAGCACUUCUUUUCUCCAUGUUUAAGUGCUUGAAAGAACUAAUGUUUGUUAGGGUGUGUUCGUUUCAUUGAGAAACAACUUAGAUACAGUGGCAUUGAAUAUUGGCAAGGUUUUUUGGUUAACAAUGGAUGACAUUGCUGUAUUGAAUCUAUGUGGUACUGAUGUGACCAUCUCUGUAUGUAUGGUUGGUGUCAAAAGUCUACGGAUUACAAGAUCUGAAAGUCAGCUGAAUAUCUCCACAGCCUGAACACACAAUUCUGCGUUUAGAUUGCAUAUGACAUUAGUGUUGUGCAGUUUUACUAGGCCUUGUUCAGCAAGUGCUUGGAAAUUCAUAUUCUCGGAUCUGAUGUUCAUAAACUUUUGAUGCUAACUGUAUACCUGAAGGAAGAUGGAAAGCGCAGUGCUACUGGUGCGUCCAGCAACUGAAGUUUUUUUUUUUUUUCUGUAUUCUCUGUGGAAUAACUAGAACACGAAUUUUUGAUGCAUCCUAUUUCGGUACUGGGUGAAGGUGAUCAACUUACAAGCCUCGUUGGCUGAUUGUGACAUUGAUAUCUUGUUAAGUGGCCUGUUUUAUGAACUUGGCCUAAUUACGCAUUUUCUGCGCCAAAAACUGUUACAGUUAAACCUCGAUAUAGCGAACUUCAAUGUAAUGAAAUUCUCACUAUAAUGAAGUAUUCCACUUUUUGCGACUUCUUGUCCAUGCAUUAGAACCUCAAUAUAACGAAAUUUGUUUAUACACGAUUUCAAUAUAAUGAAAUUUCACUGCUUCGGUGAGGGAAUAACGGGACAAUAAAUAGAAAGUUCCGCAGAUGCAGUUAGUCAAAUGGUUGAAUUUCAAGUGGCUACUUGUGAACGCACCUCUCGAAUCGCGCACCGCACAACCAAGAGCGACCUUCGAAUCGGAGCAGCGUCGUGCUCUGUGUGAAGUCCGAGUGCGAUAAGAUCCUUUCGGGUCACAGGCGCUGUAUGCUUUGGGUGUGAGUGAAAGUGUGUGAGGGUAAGCCAAGAAGUAUGGUGGGUCUAUGAAUUCGUACCGCCAAUCUGCAGAUGUCAUCGACACGACGUGAAAGCAUAUCUUUCGUCACCUACUCACGAAUUCAACAAAAUCUUUUUUUUCUCAUUCAGAGUUGCUUUUUCUCGAUUGCUCGAUAAUUUGGAAAAUCUUGCGGCCCCUUCUGUGUAAAAAAAACAUUGAUUGACAACUUUACUUAUUUGAAUAAAAGGUCGAAUUUCAAUACAACAAAAUUUUCAUAUAGCAAAGCAAAUUGAUGAGUUUACCUACUUUGUUACAUCGAGGUUUAACUGUAUUUACAAAAUAGGGUUCUAGUAUCAAAUUUUUGUCGCAGGCGGUUGUGAAGAACACCUGCCUUAAGUCUCUUUAGCAGUUUUCUUGGCAAUCUUUUUCUUUUUCUUUUUGCUAUUGUAAGGUUUGGCUAAAUGUGCUCUCUUACUAUGUCGAUAGCCUGCCACAUGACCUUGCAUGCAAAUUUAGUUUUCUUUAAUGCCUUAAAAGCACUUUAUCGUAGGAUAACAAACUACCUCAUUACUGGUUUUACUUAAAAGCUUUGCUAUUAGAAAACUGUUAAAAAAAGGCAAGUGUUGCCCUUUUUUUUUUCUGUUGGGAGCUGCUGUCAGAUUUGCUGCUUAUGUCUGGUGAUUUUUUUAUGGCUGUGAACCAAAAAAAAAAAAUUGAACACAUAACAUGCCCACAUUACACAUUGCACUUGUAAAAAAUGCACAAAUCCCGAACACCACUCACAUACUUUUUAUUCUUGACCCACCUUUUAUCUCACCUGUUUUUCCCUUGGCGUACUAGUGUUUCAGAAUGUGUCAAUCACUUUUUGUUUGUUUCUAUGGUGCCUUCGAACAUUUUUGCUGUGACUUGGGCAUUGUCUUCUUGUUUAUAUAUACACAUUAAAAACCUGUCAUUAUCACUCAA